UAAAAACACGUAUUUAAUUCAACUCAACAAACUACGAUGGCACUAAGACCUUUUCUUGUUGCAAUAAUAUUGUCAACAAGUUUUAUUUUUCUAGUAAAAGCUCAAAACAUUUCUGAACUGGUUUUCGAUAUUUCUGGUAAUCCUCUUGUAAAAGGAUCGCAGUAUUUCAUCGUACCGGUAUCGGGUCGGAGCAAUGAGGGUGGACUUGAUGUGUCAAGCAUUAGGAACACAGUUGAUACGCUCGUUGUUACCCAAAAUGCUCAAUCUUCCGCAGGCAAUAGCCUUCGAUUUACACCGGUGGACUCUAACGAAAACAUCAUCCGAUUAUCGAUUGAUCUGAACGUUAAAUUUAUGAACAUUAUAUUCAGCGAUAAUAUGUCGACGGUAUGGACAAUUAACACAAGAUUAAUCCCACAACGUAAUUUGGUUUCGGUUGGUGGAGUUGAAGGAAAUCCUGGGCGUGACACUUUGGGUAAUUGGUUUAAGAUUGAUAAAUACGAGGAGGCUUACAAGUUUGUGUACUGUCCUGGUGUUUGUGAGACAUGUAGACCAUUUUGUGGAGAUAUUGGAAUACUUGUUGAACCUAACAACAAAAGGGUAUUGUUUGUUGGUUCUGAUAAACCAUUGAAAGUUACAUUUGAAAAUACUACGUCGGUUGUUACCGUAACAAAAGCUCCUCCAACUCCAAGUGCUAGCGAUCCACAUAGAUUGUCAACCAUGUCCUUUAUUAAUGUUGUAAUGUGUAUUGUUAUUGGUUAUCUUACAAAGCUGAUGUGAUGUGAGUUACACGAUUGUAAUUAUUUUUGUGUUGGAAUGGAUAAAAAUUGUUAUAUAUUUAAUAAAUUGCAUAUGAAUUCUGAUAA